AUGGCAACGACGGUUAAGAAGUGCCUCAAGCUGCACAAGCUCUUCGUAAACGAGCUGGCGCGCAGUACCCGUCUCGAGUCGGAAGGUUCUCAGGUGUUGUCCUCGCUUUCCAAUGUCAGUCAGCGAGUGAUGGGAGUGUUAAGCUACUCCUGCAACACUCAGGAAUUGCUACUUCAGAAGCACUUUUUGGCCAUGGAAAAGAGCCGCGGGUUCUUGGCGGAUAUUCUUCGGGACUACCAAGAGUUGCUUCGUCAUAUUCGGUCUUUUACGUGCGAGUGUGUGACACUUGUUGAUGACGCAUUCAUCGAAGGGGACGACUCUUUAAGUGUCGAGGACGAAAUGGCAAUUUUGACUUUCCCCUUGCAGCUGCAAGAGUGGAUGGAGACGGUGCUGGCAAUGCUUGAACAUGAAGUGCUGCGGAAAACGAGGCUCGUGGCGGACCUGGAGUACAAUGACACGGGGAGAUUGAGUCGUGUGGCCAAGCAGUGGAGCUCCCAGGGAGCCAUGGGCAACGUCGACAACGACUUCGUGCAAACAGGUCUGCAGUUGCCACAAGCCAAGGCGUUACCGUCUGUCGAGGACGCUUCGCAUAGCAAAAGCAAAAAGAAGAAGAAAAGCAAAGCCAAGAAAUGA